CUGGGAUCCCUGCGGACCACCUUGAAGCGAAGACCCGUUGUCUUUGCUCCCCGGUGCCGUGGCUUCCGCAGCCGUGUGCGGGGAAGAUGCCCGUGCUCCCGCCGAGCCUGGGGUCGCAGCAUCCCACGGAACACGCGGGCACCUCGCUUUUCUCCUCUCUCCCGCAGUGACCUCCAGGCGACCAGUCAGUGCGGCCGAGGCACCUGAGGGAGGCAGUGUGGUGUUACGAACUUGGACUCUCCCGGCAGACCCACUCAACCCCUACCCCUGUGGCCUUGGACCAGCCAACUAACUUCUCAGCGCCCCUGUGUCUCCGUCUGAAGUCCCAGGACAGCCCUGCCCCAAUACAGGCUGACGUUCAGAGGCAACGAGGCAUAGGUGGUUCACAGGCCCAAACUGAAAACAUUUAAAACAUCCAUCAACAGUAGAAUGAAAAAAACAAGACCGGUAUGCUCAUGCAAUUGACUAGAACGCAACAGUGAAAAUGAACAAAAGCCAGCUAUUUGCAACAGUUUGUCUGGAUCUCCCCAACAAGACACAGAGCACAAAGGACACUUGGAGACCCAGUGGGCAGGCGAGGCAGGCUGGGCACGGAGCUUCCCAGACUGGGGCAGUGGGCAUGGGCUGUGCCUGUGGCUGAAGAUCAGACCCCAGGGGACCCUGCCACGCACACUGCCUCCGCAGCCGCUGCCAUGGCCACCAAUAAGGAGCGACUCUUUGCAGCCAGUGCCCUGGGACCUGGAUCUGGCUACCCAGGGGCUGGCUUCCCCUUUGCCUUCCCAGGGGCACUCAGAGGGUCUCCACCCUUCGAGAUGCUGAGCCCUAGCUUCCGGGGCCUGGGCCAGCCUGACCUCCCCAAGGAGAUGGCUUCUCUGUCGGUGGAGACACAGAGCACCAGCUCCGAAGAGAUGGUACCCAGCUCCCCCUCGCCCCCUCCGCCGCCUCGGGUCUACAAGCCAUGCUUCGUGUGCAAUGACAAGUCCUCGGGCUACCACUAUGGUGUCAGCUCUUGUGAAGGCUGCAAGGGCUUCUUCCGCCGCAGCAUCCAGAAGAACAUGGUGUACACUUGUCACCGCGACAAAAACUGUAUCAUCAACAAAGUGACAAGGAAUCGCUGCCAGUACUGCCGGCUGCAGAAGUGCUUCGAAGUGGGCAUGUCCAAGGAAGCUGUGCGGAAUGACCGCAACAAGAAGAAGAAAGAGGUCAAGGAAGAAGGGUCACCCGACAGCUAUGAGCUGACCCCCCAGUUAGAAGAGCUUAUCACCAAGGUCAGCAAAGCCCAUCAGGAGACCUUCCCCUCCCUCUGUCAACUGGGCAAGUACACCACGAACUCCAGUGCCGACCACCGGGUGCAGCUGGAUCUGGGGCUGUGGGACAAGUUCAGUGAGCUGGCCACCAAGUGCAUCAUCAAGAUCGUGGAGUUUGCCAAGCGGGUGCCUGGCUUUACAGGGCUCAGCAUUGCUGACCAGAUCACUCUGCUCAAGGCUGCCUGCCUGGACAUCCUGAUGCUGCGGAUCUGCACGCGGUACACCCCCGAGCAGGACACCAUGACCUUCUCCGACGGGCUGACCCUGAACCGGACGCAGAUGCACAACGCCGGCUUUGGACCCCUCACGGACCUGGUCUUCGCCUUUGCCGGGCAGCUCCUCCCUCUGGAGAUGGACGACACGGAGACCGGGCUGCUCAGCGCCAUCUGCCUCAUCUGCGGAGACCGCAUGGACCUAGAGGAACCUGAAAAGGUGGACAAGCUGCAGGAGCCGUUGCUAGAAGCCCUGAGGCUGUACACCCGGCGCCGGCGGCCCAGCCAGCCUUACAUGUUCCCCAGGAUGCUCAUGAAGAUCACAGACCUCCGAGGCAUCAGCACCAAGGGAGCGGAAAGGGCCAUUACUCUGAAGAUGGAGAUUCCUGGCCCGAUGCCUCCCCUGAUCCAGGAGAUGCUGGAGAACCCCGAGAUGUUCGAGGAUGAUUCCUCGCAGCCUGGCCCCCACCCCAAGUCCUCCAGUGAGGAUGAGGCACCUGGGGACAAGGGAAAAGGGAGCCAAAGCCCCCAGCCUGACCAGGACCCCUGACUCUCCCCGCUGUCGGGGUUGGGGCUCCAGGUAGCAGACUGACCAUCUCCCAAAAACCACCAGUGGCCGGGAGAGGACCUGCUCUGCCUUCUCCCUACCCCUUCAAACCAGCUCCUUGUUUUUGCCAAAGUUUCGGGGGUGGGGGGCGCUGCUCACCCCCCUACCUGCUCUGACUGGCUCGCCCUCCAAUCUGGGGGUGCCUGUUCUAUUCUCACAAGGAGCGAGGGCAGAGGGGUGAGCGUGAGUCUGGACUCUGGAAUCGCCGCGCUGCCCCCCAGACACCAGGGUCUUCAGCUCCCUCAGGCAGGAGGAAGCCCCUGCCAGUUCACAGCCUGCCCCCCUGCCAGGUGCUUAGGCCUCUGGGCGCGGACAGGAACACUAGAGACCAAAUGGGGGUGCAGGGGCCGGGCUGAGCCCACCCUCGUGCCCCUGCCAGUUGGUGCCUCAUGCUGCAUCCCGCACCGUUGGUGCCUCAUGUGCACUGUCCCUGGUGGGGACGGGCUGGCCCUGAGUUUCUGUGGGGCCAGAAGAGAAAGGGGCAGAUGUGGGCCCAUUCAGCACCUCUUUGCUCUAGCCCAGAGCAUGCCCUGUGCCCUCCGUUACAAGCCCCUCCCCCAGCCCUGCCAUGUGCCUUGGGCCCCCUCUGCCCCCCAUCUCAGCCAUCGGGGCAGGGACCCUCCAACACUACAGAGGGGCCAGGGGCUCCCUCUCCCCCUAGUGCCUUCCCCCCUGACCCCAGGGCAGCUUGGCCCAGGGAGGGGUGCUGCGUAGCUGGUCCCACCCUGACCCAGAGGAAGCCUCUAUUUAUUUAUUAGCUUUUGUUUACACCCUGGAAUCGACCCCUUCCUCCAGGGGUCUUGGGAGGGGGAGCCCAGGGCCCCUGUGACCCCAUCCUCUUUCCUCCAGUCCUGUUUGUAUUUAGCUGCCAAAUAAGAUUCCCGCUGGCUCCCCCCUUUUCUCCGGGGGGGUCAGGGUGCUGCCCCUUCCCCCUCUGUUUACAUCUCCCUUCCACCCGGCUGUAUCGCAUAUUGCUGAGUUUUCUAUUUUUGCAAAAUAAAGUGAUGGAAACUCA